GUAUGUAUGUAUACUCUAGGAUUAGAAAAGCCUGACAGAUCUAUGUCACACUGUCACUUAACAUUCAUGGACUCACCCAUCUUGACUCUGGGGAGAUUGUUGUUGGUUUAGCGUCCAGGAAACAGCAGAGAACAUCUCGGCUAGAAGAAGCUAACCGUUAGCAUCAGCAGAUCCCCCGCACAGCAGAACUCCUUCUGGAUUGUGUUAUUUGUGGAGGUAAAACAUCAACGUUGCAGAGAAAAUGUAGACAGUGGUGGAGUUGUGUUGCUUUUGGCCAAUCAGAGGCAAGAUGUUCAAAUAUCAGAAAAUAAAUGUUUCAGUUUUUUUCCCUCUUUUUUAUGAGAGGGGGACAUAUAUGAAUCCUGCUUUUACUAAAUUACACAGUAAUUUACAGACGGUCCCUUCCCCACUGUUGUAAGUCACUGCCUCUCUCCCUGCCUGCUCUUUACCAGCCAUAUAUCAGGACACAUGCAUGCUGGGAAGGAGGACAGUGGCUGAAAGGAGGGGUGAGAGGAAGGAAGCGAGAGAAGGGAGAGUGAGACAAAAGGCAAGACACAGUGUGUUGGCAGCCCACCGGAGCAGUUUGCUGCGUUCUGAUAAUGGAGUGAGGCUGAAGCAGCAGAACCAGAGAUCACCCAGCUUAAGCUGCUUGAUGGAUCAAUGGCAGAUAGACAACUUCAGCCUGUGAGUGAUGAAGAAGCGCUGCUUUGCAGGGCUUGUUGUCUGCAGACUCUUUGGAGUUUGAAUAUGCAGUCAUGUGAUUUACAGGAUGAGGAAAAAGUCUUUAUACAUCUUGACAAUGAAUAAAAUCUUGGAGUGAGGAAAACCAGUCAUCUUCCAACUGGAUCAGAGAAUCAGUCAGACAGAUGUAAUGGUGUGGAAACGCUGCCGCUCUCUUCACUCAUCAGACCUCUGAGUUGGUGAGACAAGAGGAUGGGGAGACGAGCGGCUGACCCGGCCACUCCGGUUCCGGUUUUAGGAGUCCCCGCCUCAGUCGGUGGUUGGAAAACAACAGGAGGAGACAGAGGUGGAGUUCCGCUGCAGACAUGGGGGCAGUGCAGCGUUGGCAUUCAGACGUCCCCUGGGAUUAGCAGACCACCUGCCCAGCUACCUAACACCCCCUCAGACAACAUUACCCAAACAUCCAACAGCGGCAUUGCCAAAGAAACUGAGGUUACAUCACCGCUAACAAAGAAUAACAAUGAGAAGGGGGCUAUUUUAAGACAUAAAUCUGGAGAAACUAAGAUCAAAAAGGAAGUGACUUUCAAAGCACUUGGAGGUGACACCUCAAAGGAAGGUGGGAUUUACGGUUAUGCUACAGCAAUUAGGACCAACCCACUCAUCGCGGGGAGUGUCACCGGCAGCAGGACUAAACCGAAAAAUGCAUCUCGCUACAUGAACGGCAGUGUGGUUGACUCAGAGGCGAUUGGUGGCAUAAGCGUGGUCAACGAUGAGGCUGAGGCUGAAUCAGACCUGCGCCUUCAAAAAACAGAUCAGUCAGGGAAGACGGUGCCGUUAUCCGUCGGCCAAGCUUUAGCUGCGCCACAGAAGAUGUGCAACCUCUGUGGUGGAAGGAAAUCCACACAAAGCAAAAACACGCACCUUCCAGAAAAACCGUCAGAGCCAGGACUUACCUCAGUCUCAACCAGCAGGCAGCUCCAGGUUUCACAUAUGAGUGCAAAACUCCAACAAGAACAGCUAAUUUAUCAAAGCACCACAGAUAAAAAGGCUCAAAUCGCAGGUAAUCCGAGAAUGUUUUACCUAAAUGAAGAGCUGAGAUAUAGAAACAUCCCUCACCCUGCUUGCCCGGUGCACUCCAGAGGAAACAUUAUGACUCUGUCUCAUCCACAUGGGGCCAGUGAUGAAAAAUCCAUCCAACCUGCAACUUCUCCACAGGCAAACGCUACUGCUGUAGCAAAAGCUACGAUAGAACCUCUCCCUGAAACGCAACAGAACACUAUUCUAAACUGGACUCCACAAAUGUCAAAGAGUCCACUUUCACACCCUAAGCUCCUCAAGACCGCACACCUCAGAUCGGUCCGCGAUAACAGUCCUCAAGAUAUUUGUGUUUCUGUGCAUGCUACACCAAACAAUGUACAGAGUUCACCAGCUUAUACCGUAGCCAUGAGGUCAGGAACUACAUCCUGUACAAAGAACCCAACCUUUAAUCCAGAAGUGAUGCCCUCUGACUGUAAUCUGAACACUGAACAAGAAAAACAAAUUAGCAACCAAACAAAUGCUACUAAUAGCUUGCAGAUGGCUCCUAAAUGCAUCACAUUAACUAAUCGUGUUUUCAAAUCAGAUCAUCCUGCACACCACGCACCUGCUAUUCCACCACAUAUGCUCCUCUCAAGCAGGGUCAGUUCAACGCCAGGUGAAGGAGCCUCUACAGACGCAGAAAUACGCCAGGCUCACUUCCUUGCUUUCACUAAAACACCACACACAGCUGAGCCACAUUCUAGUGAUGCUGGCUCACAGAACACUUUGAAUCAUAAAGCUGAUCCAGAUCAGAUUACAAGCACUAAACAUAAAUCUGUUGCUUUGCAAAGCCACUCAACCCACCCGCAGUCUUCAACCUCUGAGCCUAACAUUAAUAUGUCUGCAUCUUCUCUGCACAAAGCAUCUCAUGCAUCCAAACCUCUGGACUCCAGAGCUGAGUUACCUGCUGCUUUUACCGUUAUGUAUCCCGAUGCACUUCACAAAAACGUUGCAUGCAGGAACAUUAAGGUUUGUUUGGAGAAGACAGCCGGCUCUCUGCUAUCUCCACUCACAGAAAAACAAAACAAUGUCACCAUAUCCAGCACGAGCUCGCUUCAGUUGGCGAGCAUAAAAAAGGUGUUUGGCUGUAAUGAAGCCCCCGACUCAAGCAGAGCUCAUCACACACAAGCAGUGAAUACAAGACAUCAAGAGAGUAAUGAACCUACAGCUCUGGAUGUCACUCCCAAUCAGGAGAGCAGCUCCAGAACGACGUCUGAGUGUCAAAGUGUGUCAGAAAAUCUGAAGAACAGUAACAAACAAUCAACCUUCACGCCCAGUGAAUUACUUAUAAAUGAGUCUAAGGACCAUGAAAAGUCAAUUCGCUCACGAGGCUGUAACACUCAGAAUUACGUUUCCAUAAUUAAGUCGAGCAGCUCAUGUCUGCAGGGUUGUCUGAACACGGAACAACAAAGAUUUACGGGUUAUCAAGGAUACACGGAGACAAAGGAUGAGGGACGUUGCGCAACGAGCCCACCAGUGAAUACAGAUUCAAACACUCAACAGUUUCCCCAGGGUGCAACAGCCAGCCAUGCACACAGUCAGCUUAAGCCCAAUGCAGAUAGACAGACCAGCUACAUUUCGCCCUCAGUCCCAACACAAACUAACUGUGAACCCAUCGUCUCGAACGCGCAAAUGAGACCCAUCACCUCCUCUCCAGCUUUCCAGAACUUCAAUUUAGAUAUUGCAUUACAAAAACAAACACACACAAGUCCAGAAUGUUCCGUCAGAGUUCCAGCAUCAUUCAGCAGCGAAGGCGAGCUCGGUGCAAACAGGGGCCUUGAAUGUGAGUCCACACUGCCUUCAUUUACGAUGCUCCUAGUGUCCAGUCCUCAAAUCCGGUCCAGUGAGGUGGAGGCAAACAGAAAACUAGAUUCAAAGUGUAACCCAUGCGAUUCUGAGUUGUUCUCAGUGGACAGAAGACUGGCUCACUCCCACCCAGCCAAGGCUGCACCAGCGCUACCUUCGUCCCCACAGCCCUGCAGAUCAGAGGCACUGGAGCAAAGGCUCAAGGCUGUGGAGGCCAGCCUGGCAGCCAACAAGGACAGGAUCGCCACUCUGCUGAACAUUAUCCACGACCUGGAGAGGGUCAGCACUCCCAGCAGCCAUCAAAGAUGCUGCAAAACUGGACUCGACCUCAAAAACUGCUCCACCUGCCAGAAGACUGCUUGUGUUGUGUACAGUGUUGAAUAUGACUUCAGACAGCAGGAGCGACACUUCUUGGAGGUUCUGAAUCGUUCAGCAGGAGGCAACACCAGCGCUUUCUCUGCACGUCUGACUCAGCCCUUGGACUUCCGCUUACUCAAAAACAUUGUUGUUAAGAACUUAACAAAGACAAAGUUGAAAAGCAAAAAGCUGUGCACGACCCUGCUGAAGUGGCUCCCGAGAAGAAUUCAGCAACACUGAGGAAUUCCUACAGGAGCACGCUGCUGCAAAGCAUUUGUUUAUAGAUUUACUCUGCCAGAGCUGUUACGGUAAUCUGGCAAAUAUCGGGAAACUUAUUGUGUAAUUACACAUUUUAGACCAAAUGUAUGGCAUGAUCUGCAUUUCUUUUGUCAUUAUCCAAGAAAAACAGCAACAAGAUGGUGAAAAAGUUAAAAACCAUGAACUUUGUGUCCACAUAUUUGUUUUGGAGGCUGCCAAGAGGCCUCUACAUGUACAAAUUGUAUAAAUAUGUGAUUUAUAAUUAUUGUAAUCUGCCUGGAUAAUAACCAAACUCCUGUGCUGAUGUUACGUCCAGCCUUGUCUCCUGCAUCCUGUCAGAGCUGAUCACCAGUUUUUUCCACCAGAAUGCAUUUCUGGUAUUUUUGUUUUUGUGUCUAUUUUUAGUCAAUGCUAUUUGUUAUAAAUAGAUCUGCUUAAAUUGUAUAACUACAGAUAAUAAGCAACUUAAAAAACAGAAUUCCAGAUUUCAUUUUGUAUUUGAGUUGAUGUUUUCAUCAGUACAAAUAAUACACAUUCCCCCUUUAACUGUCCCCCAUCAUGUUUCCUAACAAUAAUUUUAACUGUGGAAUCAGUGGCUACUGCUGUAAUUCAUUGAUUGUUCUGUUAUUGUGAUUCCCAGUUUAUAUAAAAUUGAUCCAAACCCUUAUACAGAUGUGACAUGGGUGCAGGGAUGAGCCAGUGCUGAUGGUCUCCAAAUCCCCAACCAAUCAAAAGGAUUUACAAGUAAAACAAUGACAUGACAAAAUCCUGCAAGCAAACCACGAGGCGUAAUUAGGGCGAUCACGUGCAUGCACACACACACACACACACACACACACACACGUACGUUCAGAAACUCAUCAACUGUAACAUGAAAUGAGCUCCUGCUGAUUGUUUCACAGAAAUAGUCAUAAAAUACAUAAUUAGCAUCUACAUUGCUGAUUUGAGCACAGAACUCAGCAAACAUUGUGAUAUUGUUUCUUGAGCUCUUGAUGCUUGUUGUUUAAUUAAAGCACGAGCAAGAAGAAAAGCUGCCAAGUAAAAUGAUUUCCUGUAACGGCUUCACAUGAGGGAAAUAUCACCUCAUAACAGGGAUAAACAACCUUUGUCGUCAUGGUGGUUUUGGUAAGGUACAAUAAGCUUUUUGCAACUAUUGGUAAUCGGAGUUGAGAACAAAACAAAGAAAGGAAUGUACAAAGUAAAACAGAAAGAAAUUCUUGCAAUAAAGAUCUAAGUUCAUCAUUCUAAACAGCUUUUUAAAAGUCAAAUCAACUGGAAUUUUUUUUAUUAUUAUUAGUAGUAGUAGUAGUAGUAUUAGUAGUAGUAGUAGUUGUUGUUGUUGUUGUUGUAACUACAUUUAGAAAAUAAGCACCUGAAAAUUAAAACUCAAAACAUUAAUAAGAAGGUAGCACCGCCAACUUAUACACCCUAUUAUGUGGAUUUUGUGGUUUUCUACACACAGACUAAAAUUGCCCAAUUUUGAUGUGUUUAAGCACAAAUGUAUUGUUACCAUUUUCACAAUCAAUACUAGAGGACAUGUGUGGCAUUCACAAGUGUAGCAUUACUGUUAGUAGGUCGCAUCUGGAGGGUCAGAAUUGUAAUGAUUUCACAUCGAUCCCCCAAAACUCCCUCUUUGUCCCACAUUUUGGUGGUAUGGAUCAGGUGACCCUCUGAGAGAGAAUUUCCAGGUUUUAUUAAAGUUCUGGUUGCCUGGGAUGGACCACA